AUGUUGCUGGAGGCAUACUUUGUGGUGAUUGAUGGCAUGCUGGACAAGCUGACCCCCACCCCCUCCUUCUUCCCGUUUCCCCUCUCCUCUCCUUCCCACAUUCAACCACAGGGAAGCCACUACCUCGACGGUCGGCCGUCCGGCUUGGGUGGAGCGCCGCCGUCCAUCAGCUUCUGGAGCGGUGCGCACAGCGCCAGUGACAGCACGGCGACAAGUGUGGAGAACGUGGAGGAACUAGAAAUGCUGCUGGAGGCAUACUUUGUGGUGAUUGAUGGCACGCUGAACAAGCUGACGCAGCUGUCGCAAUACAUUGAUGACACGGAGGAUUUCAUUAAUAUUCAGCUGGAUAAUGUUCGCAAUCAGCUCAUUCAAUUCGAACUCAUCAUGACCACCGCUGGUGCGGUUUGUGGUGGGGCUGGGGGGGGUGAUUGUGUCUCUGGACUGGAGAGGAGGGUGGGUGGGCAGUGCAGGAAGGUCAUGUUGACUCAAGCACAGUCCCAGGCCUGUGCAAACACUCACCACUCCCUCCUUCUCUCCCCACACCUGUUUCCUGCUGCCCCCUGCAAUCCCACCUAUCUACUUCUUCCCAUCCAUUGGCAGGGUUCGAGGGUGGUGCUGUGGGGGGUGAUUGGGAUGAACGUGCCGCUGGGAUUGGAGGAGGACCCAUCCGCCCUCAAGUGGAUCCUCAUUGACUCGGGUGUGGGCGGUGCGGGGACGACACCUUUAGUCAAGCACCGGUUCGUGGUGGCGCUGUGGGGGGUGAUAGCGGGCACGUUUGGGAUGAACGUGCCUUUGGGCCUGGAGGAGGACCCGUCGGCCCUCAAGUGGAUCCUCAUUGACUCGGGUGUGGGCGGUGUCCUCAUCUUCCUCGCCUUCCUCGCAUUCUUCCGAUACAAGAAUUGGACCAUCACUUGA